AUUCAACUAAAAUCGGACAGGCCCGAGUCCCAAUGUAGGAUAAGAUUUCUUUGGCCAAAUUUCUAUUACAAUUUACAAACACCAUCCAUGGCAGUUGCAGGAAGUGCUACCUUUUCUUCAUCACUCUCAACAGUAUCUACCUUACAAAACCGACAUGCAUCACAAUCAACAUUCUUUCUCGGUGUUCCCCUAUGUCAAAGUACGUUUCUUACAAAGAAAAAACCACCGCACAGGUUUCUAGUAGUGGCAGUGACCAAAGGCUCAACAGAGUCCAGUAAAUCCGACGAAAAAAUCCCUUCAUGGGCUAAGCCCGAUUCCAGUGAACCUCCCCCAUGGGCUCAAAAUGAGGCACAAAACAAAACAUCUUCUUCAGAACAAGGAUUUGAGGUUCCGUUUUAUGGUUACUUACUUGCCUCUGCUAUCACUGCAAUUGCCGCUAUUGGUUCGAUAUUUGAGUAUGUGAAUCAAAAUCCUGUGUUUGGUGUUUUGAGCUCUGACAGCAUAUUUUAUGCUCCUUUGCUUGGUUUUUUCGCCCUCACCGGUGUUCCUACUUCGGCCUUCUUGUGGUUCAAGUCUGUUGAGGCAGCCAACAAGGAAGCUGAGGAACAAGACAAGAAAGAUGGUUAUAAGUAAUUAUAGGGUACAUUUUUUGUUGCUAUGUGAGCGCAAGUCAUACGGAAAUUGCAUAUAAUGACAUAUUGUAAGUUAGAGUCCGUUGUGAAUAUUCAUGUUUAUCUAUACUAUGAGUGAAUAUCAAUGAUUAAAAUUUCUAGUCA